AUGAGCCCCAUUCCGGAUCCUACGAAACGCUGGGUUCAGGGAGAAGUGGUCCCCAAACCCACGAACCCCGGCGAAUUGGUCCUUGAAGCUUGGGCGAUGGGCUACCUUGUGGGGUCGCUCGUCAUCAUGGGUUUUAUCACUCUGGCAAACAUGCGAAGAGGCGUACUGUUGCAUAAACUGAUUUUACUUGAGCUCAUCAUAGGCCUUUGGCAAGGCUUCUAUCUCUUCUUCGACAGCCCUGUACAUGCAUGGUGGCUGUCUGUAUCGGCCAUUUUCUUGAACGCAUCUUGGUCACUACACAACGUCAUUGCCUGGAUGAAGAUCAAGCCAUUCCUCUCGAAACCUGUCAGUUAUGUCUUUAUCGGUUCUGUAAUUUUGGUGCAGCCAUACUGGAUAGCGGAGAUCUACGCAAACUUUGCUUACUUCCAUGGAAUCAACACUAUCUUUCUGAGAACGCGGCCAUGGGAAGCGCUAUGUCGGGACCCUUGGUGGAUCAUAACCACGGUCUACCUGUUUUGGAUUAUCAAGACCCAGUACGAAAUGGGCUUGAAAGAGAUCCUCAGAAUCUCGCCACGGUUCGCCAUUAUGCUUCUGGCCAUGGUCUUGUCCAUGGUGUUUAUUCUCCUCGAUAUUCUUUGCGUCACCGGUGCCAUUCGAUUCGUAGGACUAGCGACAGGCAUAAACCCCUUCUGGAAGCUCGCGUUCGUCUUCAAGUGCUUGACGGACUCAGUGGUGUUGGACGACUUCAAAAUGGCUUUGGAUCGUCUACGAGCGUUCAAAAUCAGUCGUUUGGGCAGUUUUUCCGGGGACAUGAGCGACAGCCGUAACAGGAACAAUGGGGAGCUUGCAGCUACCUGGGAAGAGAUGGAAAGAGAAGCGAAUGUACUUCAGCAGGUUCGCAGUCCAGACGGUGACUACAUCCACUCCAGCAAUUUCCCCUUCAAACCAAGAAGGCACCGCAAGCCAAAGGACUCCAUAUCCUCCAACGAUCCCAUCGAUCUCCAUGCCGAGUUGGCUCCAGAAGACAUGGUACCCAGUGCAUUGGAGCGCACGCAUACUGAUGUCAGGAAACUGCAACACCAUUUCAUGGAUGACUUGGACAGUCGAACGCGUGGCAUGACUGCAGAAAGCGAUUACGCCGCAGCGUUGCGCGAGGUUCAGCGCAGUAGCCGGACGUCUCAACCAUCGAGCAGCAUUUCGUCUGGACGAGCUGCACCGACUGCAACCAAAUAA